ACGAGAACAGAAGAAAAGCGUGGAGAAAAAUAGGAAAAGUGAAACCGCCCGCUCUCACUCUCUCUCGUGCUUAUAUUCCCACAUCACUCACCGUGUUCUAUACUAACAGUGUUUAUUUCUUUUUGGGGGUGGGAUGUCGAUGGGGGGACCGGCGGCGGGAAUAAGGAUGGCGGCGAUGGAGGUGGCUAUGGCGGUCGUAGUGGUGGUUGGGAUGAUGACGAGAGGGGUAGGGGAAGUGACGUGGUGCAUAGCGAGGAGUGCGGCGGGAACAACGGCGCUGCAGACGGCGCUGGACUACGCGUGCGGGUCCGGGGCGGCGGACUGCACGCCGGUGCAGUCCAGCGGCCUCUGCUACCUCCCCAACUCGCUCGCCGCCCACGCCUCCUACGCCUUCAACAGCUACUACCAGCGCUCCAAGGCCGCCCCCGGCGCCUGCGACUUCGCCGGCACCGCCACCGUCACCAUCACCGACCCCAGUUACGGAUCGUGCACAUACCCUUCUUCUGCAAGCACUGCAGGAGGCUCAACAAGUACACCAAGAACUAAUACUCCCUCCAAUACACCAGCAACAACCUCUAUACCGCCUUCUACACCAAACUUUGGCAGCACUGAUGGUGGUGUUGGUGGGCUGAGUCCUCCAGGGUUUGGCUCAACGGUGCCUAAUGCCGAUACAUCUAUUGCUUCUCCUAUGUGCCCCCAUUUUCUGACCAGUUGCCUUUACUUCAUCUCAUUGCUAAUCUGAUGGAUUAGGUUAGGCUUUUCAAGUGCACAUUAUUGUAUCUGCCACAAUUUUGUUUGAGCACUUUGUGGCAGUUUUUAAUUACGAUGUGCUGAUCUUGCAACUUCCAAAUGUUUGUGAGGAAAGAGAUGGUGGGUGUAGGCACUGGGAUAUGGCAUCCUCUUCUCCAUCUACUGAAAAAUAGGGAUCUAAAUCUAAAUGUGCAUCCUUUUCAUUCUUGUAUGUGCUUCAUGGGUUUUAGUUGUAGUUACAAGUGUAAAGAUGACCUUACUUGCUUAUAAGUGGCUUGUCAGUUCCCAAGGUUGUCUCUAACAAGAAGUCCUGGGUUGGCCUGAUGCUCAACAUGGUGAAUGGCUUGGAGCUGCUGUUUUAAAAAAUGUGCUGACUCUGUUCUUCAUGGCUAAGAACUUGAAUUUUUUGACAUAUGGAGAUCUACAAUGAUAUGCCACAAGAGGACUUUCAAGAUUUGAAGAAUUGAUGAUGAUCUUUGGUACACCUGAAGCAACUCUUAUAAUGCAUCAUUGCAUAGCUUGCUUUUCAACAAGCACUAGAUGUGAUUAAAUGUGGUGGUGUUUUUGUUGGUACAACAUAAAGAAAAAGGUAAGAAAACAAGCACUGGCAUCCAUAUGUGAUCUUUUUUGCCCCAUGAUUUUUGGUCUAGUGUCCUCUACACUGACAAAUUAUUGAGGGAUGUGGAAUCAGGUCUUGAAGAGCUUCCAAAUGCUCAAGGGAUCAUUUUUUGUUGACCAUGCUGAAAAUAAUUAGUGAGAAGGAAGUGUGGUGCCUGCAAGGAACUUAAGUUGCAUAUUAAGAGCCUGGCAACAUCAUGCUCAUAUUAAUUAUUUUCAUGUGAUCAAAUGUUCACAAGAUAGCUGAUAUAGAAUUCCAAUUCUAUGCAAGUUGUCCUACUAUAAGACAUACACAAGGGUUUUUGGUAGGUUAGCUAGAUGAUACAUCUUGACAUCCUUUAGCUAUGUAACUGUAUAUUUCUUUUAGAUGGUGUUUGAUGAAGCUGAAGAAGAGAGCAAACCUUAACUUUGCUAGUGAUCUCUCAGAGCAUCCAAAUGAGUACGGCAAUGCAAGCAAAGGGUCUUCCAAACCAAGAGUCAGACUACAAGCUGACUUAAUAUGCUGCAAGAUUUAUGUGAUGAUUUCAGGAGUCAAGAUGGGGAAAACAAAAUGACUGGACAUAUUAUCCUGAAAUUGGAGACAAGGAUAUGGUGACAAAUACAAGAAUAGCAGGGACAAGAAACAAAAUAGUGCAUAAGGAGGGGUAACAAGAGAGGUCAUCAUUCUCCACUCAAGAAACCAGCAAGUAGAUGAGUUCAAACAAACCUCACCGUACAACAGAAACUUGACAAGAUUGUUCUCUUGAUAUGAGUCUUCUUCUUGAAUAGGAUCAUUGCUCCUGAUAGAGAUAUUAAAGCAGUACCUCUCAUAUUGGAUGGAGGACAAAAGCAUCGCGAGCUUCAGUUCUCCAAGUCAGUGCCCACCACAGAUAGUGACAUCUUCUUUUGCUAAAGAAGAUGUUGGAAAAGUGCUGCUGUCUUCCUCCAACAAUUCUUUGUCGCCUAAAGUGGGUAAUGCAAUGAAGGAAACCUAAGAACUGCCUUGCAAGAUCUUUAGACCAAAAUAGUGCAGCGUGCUAUCCCUUUGGAAAGACAGAUGACUAGUGGGCAGUGGCACUCAAAUUGAUGUGUGGGAAUGGGAAGGAAUGGCCUUCUUCACCACUCUUUGAGGAUUCCUGUUGCUGCAACAGCCUCUCUCUUUGUGUGUUUGCAGACUUAGGUUGUGGAAGAAAUCAGAAAAAUAAUUCUAGAAUGUGGUUUCCUUUAGAAGAAUAGAAGCUUCUUCAUGUUCUUUUCAAGUUUGUGGUCAACAAAAGUGGAUAGAUUGAUUGGAAGCUCAGUUUAUUAGUUUUUUUUGUUGAGAUUUCUAAUUGAAUGAACUCAGAGUUAAACUUGUGAUGAUUA